CUCCUCUCCUCCCUCUCUUCAACAGUUCGACACUUCGACGGUUCAACCCAGAGAGAGGAGAGAGAGAGGGACCCCACCACCACGUGACGCGAUUCGCGAGCUCCGAAACCCUAGGUCGCGCGAGCAGGGCAGCGCUCUACGGCGAAUCGGCGAGGCGGCGUGCAGUAGGACGCCGCGAGGCGAACGAGGCCGAUUGGCCGACAAGGGGCACUAAGGAGUGAAGCGCUUCACUCUUGAGAUUUGCGGCCUCGAGGGAAAGGUGGGGCAAGAGAUGGGUUGGGGAAUAUCCAGGUUGAUUGGACUGAAGGCUGCUGUCCUGCUUUCUGUGGCAUAUUUUUUCCAAGGACUAGGAGCGACCCUUAUCUCAUUUCCCCUCAUAUAUGUGUCCAUGAUUGCAAUGCUAGUCUCGAUAGCUUCCCACCCAGCAAUUGAUCUUCCUUUACUCCUUGGCAAGGCAUCUGAUGGAAGCUUUCCUUUGUGGUCAUGGAUCAUUUUUUCUCCAUUUCUUCUUUUCAUCCACCUGUUUGUGCUGCUACGAAGAUUUGUGAAAAAUGAGCCCCUGUACACUGAGAUUGCAGAUGGAGUGUUUGUUGGAGGAUGGCCUUCUUCAGUUGAACGCCUGCCACCAGGUGACCCUGCAGUCAUAGAUUGCACGUGCGAGCUUCCAAAAAGCUCGACUCUAUCUAAUAAUGCAUAUCUGUGUAUUGCUACCUGGGAUACAAGGGCUCCUCAGCCAUCACAGAUUGAGUCUGCGGUGCGAUGGGCUAUAAGAAAGCGUUCACAGAACAAACCUGUUUAUGUCCACUGUGCCUAUGGUCAUGGCAGAAGUGUCUGUGUGAUGUGUGCCCUUCUUGUUGCACUUGGAUUGGCUGAAGAUUGGAAAGCUGCUGAACAAAUGAUUCGUAAGAAGCGUCCUUCUAUUAGCAUGAACACUCUUCACCGCAAAAGCUUGGAGGAAUGGUCGAAACAUUUGCUCCCCUCCUCAAAAAGAAGUGCGGAAUCAGAUGUGAGUUCUGUUAUCCAUUCGGAUUAUAAACAAAAAUGAAACCCACAGAAGGAACAGGCCUGUUCAGUAACUGUGAUAUGUGACAUGGGCUGUACCAUUCAGUAGACUUCUUUUCUGCUUCCUUGUAGAUGUCCAUGGUUCAUUCUCUAAAUUAUACUUUUGUGGUAAGUAUGUUGUAUGAACUAUAUGUAUUAAGUUUUACAACUGUAGUUGCACUGCUGGUUCCGUAACGAAUAUUUAGUGAGCCUGCUCAUUGAAUGCUUGCCAGACAAGUGAUGUUGCCGAACCUUUUCUUCUCGCCAAAAAAAAAGUAUUCUCUGCUA